AUGGAUCGAUUUAAAUUUGGCAAAUUCCAGGACUUGGAACAAGACGUGUCAAAGAAAUUAUCAGAAUUAAAGAGAGUAAUGUUUAUGGAGGUGGAUGCCAGAAUUCAGCAGCAAACAGACGCCAUUGACGAUUUGUCCAAUCAGACAACAAUAGUUUUAACACAAAAAGAUUUUUUGUACCGUUUUCAGCUUUACAUGAUUGAGAAAAACUUCAUGCGAGUUCGGGACGCCAUGGAAGAACGAACGUUCAACUUUCUAGCAUUAGGUUUCCAAGAAUAUGUGUAUCAAAUAGAGACCAAAAUUCGUCAGAUCAUGGACCCUGAGUAUCAGGAUCCUCAAACACGUCAAAUCUUGUAUUUAUUGACUUUAAAUCAGUUAAAUGGUCGUAUUGACCUUGCAGAGCGGGCCUUUAAUAACUAUACCCAACUUUACGAUUCGUAUCUGACCGGUAACGCCGUAUUUCGUUAUAAAUUCGAAAGUGAACACAGAGACAAUAAUUAUUAUAUCAAUCCAAAACCACUUUUAGCCAAAUCUUUAAACCAUAGUUCAUAUUCUUCCAAAUAUUCCUCGCGAGUCGGAGACGAUAUUAAUCUCUUUAAACAAAAGUUGCAAAACCUUUCCCAGAUAUUACAAUGGGCCUAUUUCAACAAUACGUUAAACGAGACGGAGCUACAUUUGGCAGGCGUUAUGUUCAUAUAUUCAGGCCGCCGCCUUUUUCACAGUAAAAGUACGUUUUAUUACGAAUCUGUUGAUUAUCCGAAACGAAUUCUCGAGCAAAGAAUAGCAGAUUUUAAAGUGUUAUGGCGCCAAUAUGAAAAUACUGUCAACUCCAUGCGUCAAGAUCUGUACGUUUUACGACAAUCGUUAGAAGAACUGAAAUCCUCGCUUUUUCAGGAGCUUGAAAUCGGUUUGUCUCUUGCGUCGCAUUUCUUCCAGUAUGGAAACCUGUCCAAGAUGGAGGUAGCUGAAGAGAUGACCAGUGACAAAGUAUAUGAAGGAAUAUCCAACUUUAAAGUGUUUUUUCAAAAUAUUCGAUCACGUGGACAGAGUGUUUUUGACAGCUGGGCAUCCCUAUCUAAAAUGACGUCAUCAAUCUGGGAUGCGGUGAUUUAUGAUGAAGACAUGGUUAGUUAUUAUCAAUAUAAAAAUAUGUCGGAUUAUUUAAGAAAUUCCGGAGAUGUCCGGAACGAGACGGAGAGAUUAUAUUCCAAUAUAUCAAUGAUCAAUGAUUUCCGAGUGCCGGUCGGGAACAGUGACAGCGUGUUUUUAAAAAGUCUGGACGAUUUUAUGGUGUAUUUAAAAACUUAUAUUGAUGGUGAUAAAAUAGACUCUACUUUCAUCAGAGAGAAUUUUCUACAGUUAGAUAUUUUCUAUCGAGAGAAAAGUUAUGAAGAAAUAACACAACAGAGAGCUUAUGAUAAUUUUGCCUUAUUUUGUGAUUUUGGAGGAUCUAUGGGAUUGUUUGUUGGUGCCAGCGUUUUAACUGUGUUUGAACUACUAGACUUGAUUAUCCAGCAGAUCUUACAGAGAGUCAAUAAAGUCUAG